AUGAAGAAUUUUACAGGGACUUUUCUCUCCUUAACACUCUUCAUUUGGACAUGCUGGGCACUGGAGCCAAGGGUGUGGCAUCCUCAUGCCAUUGGAUUUCAGGAGUGCAAGCAAGCCCUGGAACUUCCUGCACUGGAAGUUCUUCCUGGAGGUGGCUGGGAUAACCUGAGGAACCUGGAUAUGGGGAGAGUGAUCAGCCUAAAUUACUCUUUGUGCAGAACCACAGAAGAUGGCGCUUACAUCAUCCCCAAUGAGGUCUUCACCAUCGCCCGCAAACAGAGCUACCUGGAGAUGAACUCCGAGAUCAUAGAGUCUUGGAUGGAUUACCAGUGUGCCACCUCGGCGUCCAUCAAUGCAGAGCUGUCCUCUUCCUACAUCAACGGCAGGUUCUCCAGUGACUUCCGCAGGAUGAAAACCCACCAAGUGAGAGACCAGGCUGUAACCACCAGGGUUCAGGUCAGAAACCUGAUGUACACUGUAAAGUUCGACCCUGCGGCCAUGUUAGAUGAAGGCUUCCGGCAGCAGCUCAUUACCAUUGCUAGCCAGCUGGAGAACAACCAGACUCGAAUGGCUGACUACUUGGCGGAGAUCUUAGUACUGAACUACGGCACUCAUGUUAUCACUGGCGUGGAUGCUGGGGCCAGCCUUGUCCAGGAGGAUCACGUCAAAUCCAGCUUUGUAAAAGGCAGCCGGUCCAUGCGAAGUUCUAUCACAGCUGCAGCCGGGGUCUCUUUUCAGAACAUUGUCAACUUCAAGAGUAGUGUUUCAGUAGGCACAGAAGAUGGUUUCACCAAGGAGUACCAGGCCAACCGCACCAAUUCUAGGGUGGAGAGCAUCGGGGGGUUGCCCUUUUAUCCUGGCAUUACCUUGAAAGCCUGGCAAGAAAGCAUCACCAACCAUCUGGUGGCUGUUGACCGUUCCGGCUUGCCACUGUCAUUUUUCAUCACCCCCACCAACCUGCCAGGACUGCCCAGCCCCACAGUGAGGAAAUUGUCCAAGAUGGUGAAAACUGCCAUCUCCCGCUAUUACACUUUCAACACCUACCCUGGCUGCACAAAUCCAGCCUCGCCCAAUUUCAACUUUUAUGCCAACAUGGACGAUGGGACCUGUGAAGGGGCAGCCACCAACUUCACUUUUGGAGGAGCCUACCAAGAGUGCGCUCAGCUGGAAGGUCCCGAUGCCGCCCUACUCUGCCAAAGCCUGGAGCAGAGGAACCCGCUCUCUGGAGCCUUCUCCUGCCCAGUGGGCUAUACCCCCGUCCGACUGCGCUCCCAGCAACGGGAGGAAGGGUACAGCCACUUGGACUGCCGGCAAGAUUGCCUUGUCUGGAGGCUAUUCUGCAAGUGGAUUUGCAAGGAUGUGAUCAAACCCUCCAGAGUGCGAUUUAGCUCCUAUUGGUGUGCAGCCCAAAGGCCGGUCCCCGAAAACCCAGGCUUCCUCUUUGGGGGCCUCUUUAGUGCCAAGAGCAGCAACCCCAUGACCAACGCCCAGUCCUGCCCCUCCACGUACUACCAGCUGAAGCUCUUUGACCAGCUCAAGGUUUGCGUUAGCAGUGAUGAAAGGGGGCAGAAGUACUCUGUGCCCUUUGGAGGGUUCUUCAGCUGCGAGGUCGGGAACCCACUGAUGGGAUCCCACAAUGGAACAGAGGACGACCCAUACCCCAAGAGGUGCCCGGUGGGAUUUAGCCAGCACCUGGCUCUGAUCAGCGAUGGAUGCCAAGUGGAGUACUGCGUCCAGGCUGGGCGCUUCACAAAAGGGUCUCUGCCUCAAGCCCGUCUCCCGCCCUUCACUCGCAAGCCCGCUAUCAGCUCCGUCGCCACCGACACCAUCCUGGUGGUGAGCAGCAAUGGUGAACAGACCUGGGUCAAGGACUCUCAAACUCAGCUGUGGAAGAUCGGCAACCCCGAGGAUGUGCAGCACAGCAUGAAGAGAGACGGGGAUGCCGGUCGGAGGCUCUCGAAUGGAGAGGCAGCUGGGGUCACUGUGGGGGCCACCACUGGGCUGGCCAUCCUGAUUGGCCUGGCUGUCUAUGGAUGCAGGAGGUACAAGAAAAAGGAGUACACUGAGAUCGGUGGAGAGGGGGCGAGCCUGAUCUCAAGCAACCCUGCCUAUGGCCUAGUAGCUGAAAUGGAGGAUGCACCCCAGCAGCAGGAGGAAAGGCAAGCAGUUUAGUGGGGGUGAGAGUACUAACUGUGCUAUACACGUUUCCAUGAAUUUGCAGUAAGCUUUUGCCGUCUUCUCACCCUGCAAAACUUAUGCUG